CCGCGAGGUGCGCUCUGCGUGGGGACCCGAAAGGGCCCACUCGGGGUGCGCAGAGCCGUAUGUCCGCGACGUGGACGGGGGACACGCGCGAAAACAAAAGGGUGUGUGGGGGGGGGAGCGUUCUCCACGACCUUUUGCCACCCAGAAAGCGCACGGGGAUUGUGAUCGAGACCUGGCCACACUAGCUUGCCCUACGCAGCCCCUUGGGAAACGGGCCUGGAAUUCCUGUUGGGAGGAGGGUGGGGGAAGGGGAGCCAGCAGGGAUUCCAGAGUUUCUGCCAUCGGCCGGCCUUUGGCCAUCAGCAUGGAGAAUUCGUGCUGUGACCUUACCAGUGGAGGAAAUGACCCCCAGACGCUGGCGUGUACUUCGUUGGUGAAAGGGGCACAUCCGUUUAUUAAUCCAGUAUCCACGAAGGUAAGGCUGGCCUCUCUGCGCUCGGAGGUCUGAGCUCUGCCAUGGGGGUAGGGGUGUCUUUACUGCUGCAGUUUUCUCUGACAUCUGGGUGCUACCAGAGUGUGGGCCGAAGCAGGCGCUACAGCCACGGAAGUAUCCCCAGGAACAUCCCCAGGAGGAGCUGGAAAAAGCCUCACUUCCAGCUCUCCGGUCUCCAGGCAGAGGAAGAACCCAUGCUGGAACGUCGCUGCAGGGGCCCCCUGGCCAUGGGCCCGGCCCAGCCCAGGCUCCCUGGGCCCUCCCAGAAGUUGCCCCAGACCCUGGAGAAGGAGCCCCACGGGCUGAGGUUGCAAGGCACUUCCGUGGCCCAGUCCGGCAGCCAAGCCCCGGGCAGGGCCCACCGCUGUGCCCACUGUCGAAGGCGCUUCCCGGGCUGGGUGGCCCUGUGGCUUCACGCCCGACACUGCCAGGCCCGGCUGCCCCUGCCCUGCCCCGAAUGCGGCAGGCGCUUCCGCCACGCCCCCUUCUUGGCGCUGCACUGCCAGGUCCAUGCCGCCGCCACCCCGGAUCUGGGCUUCGCCUGCCACCUCUGCCGGCAGAGCUUCCGAGGUUGGGUGGCCCUGGCACUGCAUCUGCGAGCCCACUCGGCCGCAAAGCGGCCCAUCGGCUGCCCUGAAUGUGAGAGACGCUUCUGGCGACAAAAGCAGCUUCGAGCUCACGUGCGGAGGUGCCAUCCCCCCGCCCCGGAGGCCCGGCCAUUCAUAUGCGGCAACUGUGGCCGCAGCUUUGCCCAGUGGGACCAGCUGGUGACUCACAAGCGGGUUCAUGUGGCCGAGGCCUUGGAGGAGGCAGCGGCCAAGGCUCUGGGGCCCCGGCCUCGGGGCCGCCCGGCCGUGACCGCCCCCCGGCCCGGCGGAGACGCGGUCGACCGCCCCUUCCAGUGUGCCUGCUGCGGCAAGCGCUUCCGGCAGCACAGCGGCGAGCGGCCCUUCGCCUGCGCCGAGUGCGGGAAGAACUUCGGCAAGAAGACCCACCUGGUGGCGCACUCGCGGGUGCACUCGGGCGAGCGGCCCUUCGCCUGCGAGGAGUGCGGGCGCCGCUUCUCCCAGGGCAGCCACCUGGCCGCGCACCGGCGCGACCACGCCCCCGAGCGGCCCUUCGUCUGCCCGGACUGCGGCAAGGCCUUCCGCCACAAGCCCUACCUGGCCGCCCAUCGGCGCAUCCACACCGGCGAGAAGCCCUACGUGUGCCCGGACUGCGGCAAGGCCUUCAGCCAGAAGUCCAACCUGGUGUCCCAUCGGCGCAUCCACACGGGCGAGCGCCCCUACGCCUGCCCCGACUGUGACCGCAGCUUCAGCCAGAAGUCCAAUCUCAUCACCCACCGCAAGAGCCACAUCCGGGACGGCGCCUUCUGCUGCGCCAUCUGCGGCCAGACCUUUGACGACGAGGAGAAGCUCCUGGCCCAUCAGAAGAAGCAUGAUGUCUGAGGGGGCGGAGGCCGCGGAGGCCGAGGGCGAGGGGGCCCGGGAGGCCGUCGGGGGAGCGUUGCUGUGGGCCUGGGCCGUCGGGGGAGAGGGUCUGUGUUGCUGCUCGUGUAGGCGAGGGGUGAGAGAGGCAGCCAGUGAGCUGGGCCCUGUAGGAGAGGGAGCUCUAGCCCCCUCGGCGGCCAGGGAGACCCCUGGCGGGGCCACAGGGACCCCGGCCUCCAGCUGGUGUUUGCUAAGGUUCUGUCCUGACCGUCCUGUACCCUGGAAAAGUAGCAAUAGCAGCUCCAUCUACCCCUUAGAGCCCUCUGGCUGGAGGAGCCACCGGGGGGCAGGAAGACCCUUCCCCUCUGGUGUUAACGCCUUAAUGUCCUGCCCUUUAUUAUGAAUUCCUUCAGCUGGUUAUUUUUGGGUUUUUUGUUUCUUUUUCUUUCUUUUUUUUUUUUUUUUGGAAGUAGGCGUGGUGCAGUCCUUAGUAAAUGAGCACUUGGGAGGAAAAGUGGACCAGCUGGAUACACCUGGGAGAACCUGCUGGCCUUGUUAGGCAGCACCUGGGCCUUUUCCAGCCCAGCUGCUCUAACCCGUCCCACCCCGUCCCCCUCCUCCUGCUCCUGAAUAGGCACCCGGACUCAGAGAGACCCGUCUGCUGUGAGCGCUCAGCUCCGCCCUGUCCCUCCCUGCGAUCAAUGCACCACCCACCCAGCGCUCAGAGCGUCCCCUGACUAGUCAGCAGCCCUGUGUCCAGGCUUUUGUCUGAACUCCCCAAGCCUCCACUCCUUCCGGAAGUCUCCAUGGUGGAAAGGACAGGCCCGUUGAUAACAGUGGGGUCAGCCGGAAGGAAGCUAGGGGCGAGGGUCCUUUUCAGCGCUUCUAGGGUUUGGAUGCCCAGUCUCGGCUUGAACACUUAGGUGACGGGGUAGUCCCACGUCCUGAGGCCCCGGUCCUAUUGUAGGAUAAUUCUAAUUGUUAGAAAUUCUUCCUUAGAAUGAAUGGAACCUGCUUUCCUGUAAUUUCUACCUACUGGGGGCUUGUUCUGUUCUCUGGAAUGAAACAGAACAGCCGCUUACCCUCCUUUUCAAACUAGAGAAUAAAGAUUUGGUUUUAGAGCUG